AUGUCGCUCCUCAGUACUCGGACCAAAAUAGACACGCAUCACCAUUUCGACCCCGAAUUUUACAAUAAAGCGGUUCGGAAUGCGGGUGGAGAUCCAUCUGGAUUUCCCACGCCUGAAUGGAGUCCUGAAUCCGACGAAGCAUCCAUGGGGGCGAAUGGAACGAGAACUGCUAUUCUGUCUGUGACUGCCCCAGGCCCAGUCAUUGUGGAUAAUGAUCAGCGUGCAAGGGAACUAGCUCGAGAGUGCAAUAACUAUACAGCUUCCCUUCGUGACCAAAACGCCACACAGUGGGGCUUCUUUGCGACAAUGCCAUCCCUUCUCGACACUGAAGGCACCCUCGAUGAGAUAAGUUACGCCUUGGAUGUACUGAAGGCCGACGGUAUCACUCUUUUUACUCGCUAUGGCCCGAAGAAUCAAUAUCUCGGACAUCAAGCAUUCAAUCCGAUCUGGCAAGAACUCAACUCCCGUCAUGCAGUAAUCUUUGCGCAAUCUACAGUUGAUUAUCCCCACGAAACGACCCGUACCGCAGUUGAUUUGAUAUCUUCGGGCACCAAGCGCAAUUACCCAGACUGCAAGGUCAUAUUGUCCCAUGCCGGUGGAACUCUUCCAUGGUCGAUCUCCCGAGUGACACCAUCUCUCCGCGGGCUUCCAUUCGACUCCAAUGCGGGCACCAAGUCUUAUGAAGAAUGGAUAGAAGACUUCCGAUCGUUCUAUUACGAUCUUGCUCUCUCCAGCUCGCCCCUUAUAUUGACAGCGCUGCUAGAGUCUGUGCCACAUGAUCAUAUUCUUUAUGGUGAGAACCCCAUUCCGGGCGACAAGGUGCUUUUUGAAUUAUAUCUUCUGACCUUUCUAGGAUCGGAUUCGCCCUAUGCUCCAGCAGAUAAAAUAGCCCGUUUCAAGGAAGAUCUUGACAAUUUCUCGAUGGACCAGGAUCUCAGAGAUAAAAUCUACUUCAAAAAUACGUUGGCACUGCUGGCCCGAUUGGCUCAAGAGUACUCUCUAGCACCGUGA